AUGUCCAGUAACAUUACCUCAGAGUAUAAAAAGCUGGGCCUUUCCCCAGGAUUUAAGAUCUCUAUUAUAAUUGUGCUGGGGUUGGAAAUUGUUCUUGGUAUUUGUGCUAGCUGCACUGUUUUGCUGAUCUACUGGAACAAGAGAAGUGUUCGGAGUGUAGCAACGAAGUUCAUCGCAAAUCUUGCUCUUAUUGACUUUAUAAUCUGCUGUGUUUGUGUUCCGUUCACCAUCGCUCGCAUUUCAGGAUUUUCACAUUCCACACUGUUUUGUUGUUGGCAUGAGGCUGUAACAUCUGCUCUGAGAAAUGCGUCGUUCAUAACUCUAUUGCUUAUUUGUUAUGACCGUUACAAGUCAGUAACGAACCCGUUUGUGUUGAGACUUACCCACCUCAAAGCCAGGCGCGCUGUUAUUUUGGUGUGGUGUUUGAGUACUGUUAGUCUUAUAGCACCUUUCCUUGAAUGGCGAUGGAAGGCCAAAACAUCAUGGUCUUCUGCAUGUAUUUUGAUGUUUAGCGAAUCAAAAGAACCCUGUUUUUUUCGCCUGUAUUAUCUGCCAUCCUUUUUACUGUCAUGUACAAUUCUGCUUCCCGCCUACUUGCGAAUAUCGAAGGCCGCCCUCUCCAGAGUGCACAUACAAGCCAUGAUGAUUCGAACGUCGUUUAUUGUGCCUGCGUCGUUUUCACAGAGGCGGAAUGAGGCAAUGGUGCGUCAAAAAGAAUGGAAAAUCGCCAAAAUGACUGGAGCAGUCGUCUGUUCUGUGUGUGGAUUAUGGUUGCCCUACACCACAUUAACAUUCUCCAUGUAUUUUAUGAGGCCCUCUAAUCACUUGCUUCGUUUAGAGUUCGUGUUUUUAGCUUUUGGCUACUUCAACUGUGUCUUGAAUCCCUUAUUGUAUGCUUUUACAAAGGAGAAAUUUCGCACUGCGUUUUGGAGAACUUUGCCUUGCAAGAAGUAA